CCUCGACGGAUUUCUUGCCCAGACUUUUCCUCUCCUGCUGGGGAGAGGCGGCUCGUUCCUCGCCCGCUUGUGCGCAAGCUCAGCUCUUGGCGCAAGAUGGCGGCGGCGGAUAAACAGAAACAUGAGCACGGGCGGGUGAAGAUAGGGCACUACAUCUUGGGGGACACCCUGGGCGUGGGCACCUUCGGCAAAGUCAAGGUGGGCAAACAUGAGCUGACAGGCCACAAAGUUGCAGUGAAGAUCUUGAACAGACAGAAGAUUCGCAGCCUUGAUGUAGUGGGGAAAAUCCGCAGAGAGAUUCAGAAUCUGAAGCUUUUUCGGCAUCCGCACAUAAUUAAACUGUACCAAGUCAUCAGCACUCCAUCUGACAUUUUUAUGGUGAUGGAAUAUGUUUCAGGGGGUGAACUGUUCGAUUACAUCUGCAAAAAUGGAAGGCUUGAUGAAAAGGAGAGUAGACGUCUCUUCCAGCAAAUCCUUUCUGGUGUGGAUUAUUGUCACAGACACAUGGUAGUCCACCGAGACUUGAAACCAGAAAACGUACUCCUCGAUGCACACAUGAAUGCCAAGAUUGCUGAUUUUGGCCUCUCAAAUAUGAUGUCAGAUGGUGAAUUUUUAAGAACAAGCUGUGGUUCUCCUAACUAUGCUGCUCCAGAAGUAAUUUCAGGAAGGUUAUAUGCUGGCCCAGAAGUGGACAUCUGGAGCAGUGGAGUUAUUCUUUACGCUUUGUUAUGUGGAACCCUCCCGUUUGAUGAUGAUCACGUGCCAACGCUUUUUAAGAAGAUAUGUGAUGGUAUCUUCUAUACUCCCCAGUACCUAAAUCCAGCAGUAAUUAGCCUUCUGAAACACAUGCUGCAGGUGGAUCCCAUGAAGAGAGCUACAAUCAGAGACAUAAGGGAACAUGACUGGUUCAAGCAGGACCUCCCCAAGUACCUUUUUCCUGAAGACCCCUCUUACAGUUCAACCAUGAUUGAUGACGAAGCCUUGAAAGAGGUCUGUGACAAGUUCGAAUGCACAGAGGAAGAAGUGCUGAGCUGCUUGUAUAAUCGGAAUCAUCAGGAUCCUUUAGCAGUUGCCUAUCACCUAAUUAUAGAUAACAGAAGAAUAAUGAAUGAAGCAAAAGACUUCUAUUUGGCUACCAGCCCACCAGAUUCCUUCCUUGAUGAUCACUUCUCCCGCCCCCACCCUGAACGAGUGCCAUUUUUAGUUGCUGAAGUGCCAAGGCCACGCCAUACGCUUGAUGAGCUAAACCCGCAAAAAUCUAAACACCAGGGGGUUAGAAGAGCGAAGUGGCAUUUGGGAAUCCGGAGUCAAAGUCGACCAAAUGACAUCAUGGCAGAAGUCUGUCGCGCAAUCAAACAAUUGGAUUAUGAGUGGAAGGUUGUAAAUCCAUAUUACUUGCGUGUUCGAAGGAAGAAUCCAGUGACUGGCACAUAUUCCAAAAUGAGCCUACAGUUAUACCAGGUGGACAGUAGGACGUAUCUACUUGAUUUUCGUAGCAUUGACGAUGAAAUUACGGAAGCAAAAUCGGGGACGACAACUCCCCAAAGAUCGGGCUCUGUGACUAAUUACAGAUCUUGUCAGAAGGAUUCGGACACUGAUGCUCAAGGAAAAUCCUCUGAUAUGUCUCUUACCUCAUCAGUGACCUCUUCCCUCGACUCUUCUGCAGCUGAGUUAACCCCGAGAUCAGGGAGCCACACGAUAGAAUUUUUUGAGAUGUGUGCAAAUCUUAUUAAAAUACUUGCACAAUGAUUUGUAAGGUUGGCUUAUUAUUAUUUUUUUACAGCAAUAAGCAUGCCUAAAAGGAAAAACAAAUCAUAGUCAGAUGCUUCCAAUUAUAAUCAAAUUACAGAUAACUUUGGCGCUGAGAAGACUAGCCACAUUGCAAUUUGCACAGGGAUUGAACACAUUUUAAAAGCAGUCGCGGUCUCUUAAUGUUAAGAAGCAAAUUAUGAUUAGACAGUCCACUGGUAUGAUGCAGGUACAAGAAACAGCCUUUUGAGCAGAGUUUGUUUUUGUCAUUGUGUACACAUUGGGGCUUGAUGGAGUAUUGCAAUUUUAACCAUAAGAAUCUUCUUGUCAUUUGUCUUUAUAUUGCUGAUGAUAUAUUCCUGUUACAGUAUAAGUGGUAACUUGCUAGAUCAGGAGUCCGCGAAGGUGAUUCUUUGGAUUCCCAUCUUCAGUUGCAUCCUGCUCUGUCAGUAUAUGCAUUCUCCUUGUCCAAUAGCACUUCAAACUGCUGGCACUUCUCCCAAGUAUAUGAGAAGCAGAGGUGCCAUUAGCUUGAGUGAAAAAGCUAAAGCAAACCCCUGCUUUGCUUUUGACCCAUGUAAUAAGUUGGCAGAUCCAAAGUCAAAAUCGUUUUGUGUUUGAAAGUAUUAGAGUGAACCUUUUCAGGCCAAAUAUAGUCAGUAGAAGCAGUGUUGGGUUCAGUACUAGGAAAAGGAUGAAGAAAUGAUCCAAAGAGUCCUUGAACUUGUUCUGUAAACUCAAAGGACCUUGAAGCUGCAAUCCAGAGCAGACAAACAGGGGCCCUGCAUGCCAUGUGGCAAACUACUUUUGAAAUUGGGAGGAGUUUGAGAAGCACUUUGUAGUUUGGCAUAGGUGGCAUUAGGGAUGUUAAAAAAACAAACACCACCACCACCAAAACCCACUGCACUAAUGCAGGUUCGUUCCAGGAACCAAAUCAGCUCUUUGGAUCCUGGUCCAUGGGCUGUAGUUGGGGAUUAUUUAGUGGGAAAAUGCUUUUCAGGCUCUGGCACAACUGACCUGUGAAGAUGGGAAUAUACUUGGUAGGUUCACAGCUGUGUAAAUUUGCUGACCCAUACAUCAUACUGGUUGCGAAUGAGCAGCUUCUUGCAUGCGACUGCAAGAUGUGAAUCUUGUGCCUGAACCCAAUGAACAUGUGGCUGUUAGGACACCCCCAUUGAUUGGUGCAUGAAGUUUGGGAAUCUUACACUAAGAAGUCAAGGGUUCCUGUUUUUCCUGUUUUAUGAGAAGAGUCAUUUGCCAAGCCUUGAGGGGGAAAGUUUACAAGACUUGGCAAAGGAUUCUUCUUGUAGAGGGCGAUUGAAUCUUGCCUGUGUUACACAAUCACUUUUUUACCCCGCUUUUUUGAAUUAAGGUUUCUAAAAGUAAUGGAACAUAAAUAGCUUUGGUUUAGUUUUGAAAUGUAAAACAACCCAUUGACUAAAAAAGAAUGAACAGACUUAGAACUAGGUGUUGACAUAAUGCCCUGCCCCCCCCCCCCACAAAGCCUUGGAAACUUUUUAAUUUGGCAAGUUCACUCCAGGAAAGGGUUAAUUCUGAAAUAAGAUCAUAGGCAAAUAUGCAGGUGGAAAUAUACUAAACUUGCUAUCAUUCUGGGCCAGACCUAACACUUAAUUUAGCACUAAUUCUGGUUAGGAUCCCAAACAUGCAGUGAAACUAUAGUUUAGUUUGUCAAGCUAUGCCCCACUCCCAGAAGGCAUAUUUAGGAAGACACCAACAAAACUUGCAAGCAGAGAGGUGGGGGAAACUUCCCUAACUCUGUUUUGUUCGGUGCAGAUUCACUAUGGCUAAUGGAAAAGCACUUCAAACAAUGGCUGACAUAGUGCGCAACAUUAUGUGCAUGUUGCUGUGCACCAUGCAUGCAGUUGUGCGCUUGCAUGCCAAUUAUUUCCAAUGGCUGUACUAUUGCACCACUUGAUUUGUGAAAUCUUUGCAUGUUGCAUUGCAGCAUGCACAGUACGUUACACAGUCUGUCAGCCAUUGGUUUCACUUCCACGUUUGUAGCAGAUCUUUAAACAUUAUUUAGGAACUCAGAUGAACUGCUUAAGCACAUGGCCAAGGAAACUGUUUAUGUCUGCACAGGGCAGGGGUGGGCAAACCUGCCCCCCCCAGCUGUUGUUGAACUGCAACUCCCAUGUUGCAAUGGGAUGAUGCAUGUUGCAAUCUCAAUGACAGGAGUUGUUGUUCAACAACUGGAGGGCCAAAGGUGCCCACCCCUGACAUAGGGCUAUAAUGGGUGCAGAUGCCAGAAAACAGAGAGAUCUCAAUUGCUUGUUUUCAGUGAGGAUCUGUGGUAGGAGAGGUUCUCAUUGGAUUCUGCCAGCUCCAAAUUGAGGAUAGCUUGUGAGGGAAUACUCCAAUUUAUACUGAAGUACAGUACAUGGAUCUGCUGAGCAAGAUAUGCUAAAUAUGCACUGAGUUGAAAGAAAUAUGCAAUGUGCUGCAUGAAUUCAGGGGUUGCCCUCCCUGUUGUUGUUUUUUAACUAGACAGAAGCAGGACCUUAAACUUUAUGCUGUUGUCAGAGACCCAUAAACUCCAAAGCCCUUUUGGCACUGUGCCACGCACUGUUUUGUUUCCACAGACUGACAUAUACAGUGGUCUUCUCGUGUUGCAUUUUCACAUCUCUCCAAUAUUGUGACUUUCCAGAAUUCAACCGUGUCUUUAGAAUGGGAGUUGAGUAGAAGGGCGUAGUGUAUUCGCCAAAUGGAAAGUAUGUCGAGGGGUGGGGUGAGGGAAGAGAUUAAAAGGAACCAUCGGGUAUGUAGUACUGCUGUGAUAACUUAACGGAGAGGGGUUGUCAUGGGGGGACCAAGUAACAGCCCUACCUUUUUUAUUUAAGAAAAAAUUACUUUGUCUACUUCUGCUGCACCUCUUCAAUAAUUGUGAUUUAUUUUUUUUUAGUUAUGCUGUGUUAAUAUUAAAAUUGUUACUAUUGCACUUGGUAAAUGGUGUAAACGCACACUUGUUUUUCCUUAAAUUGCUGGGUAAUCUGCAAGGAUGUGUUCAGUCGCUCACAAGCUCUACCUUUGACGUACAUUAAAGAAUCGUGGGCACAAGCCAUAAACACGUUUGCUGCACAUCUGUUUAUUUCUGUGGGACACACAACUUGAUUGUGUGCAUGCUUACUUGGAAGUAAGUCCCACUGUGUUCAGGAGGGCUUACUCCUAAUUACGCAUGCAUAGGACUGCCGCCUUGGUGAAGCUCCUACAUGAGUCCCACUGGAAGGAAUGAGACUGUGUCGGCAUCAUGUGUGGGAUUACAUCCAGUGUAAUCUCACUGGAAAGUCACGGUGCAACAGAUCUAAUUUUUUUAUAUACCCUUUCAGUAAUGUGUGUUCUAAAGCAACCAUGAUUUAACUUGAUCUUGGUAUGUGGAGGUAUGGUAGGAAGGUAAAACAUGCCUAUUUUUAAAUAGAGUGAAUUUUAAUUUCUUUGUUUUGUAACCUUUGGCCAUUAAACGUUCCCUUUUUUAUUGAGUUUUUAAACUAUUUUUUUCAUAGCCAGAACUGUCCAAUAUACUAUUCAAGCAAAAAAUUCACUUUUUUUACAGUAAAAUAUUAAAGUUGAAAUGUGUGUGUGUCCCCCCCCCACCAGGCCUUGCGCGGUCUUGUAGUGGAGGGCUUGGAGCUCAAUUUUAGUAGUGUUACAUUAGAACAUGACAGUAGAUUGUCAUGCAGCAAGAGAGGCUUCUUUGCAAAAGAGAAAGCCGUGGAACUGUGAAGAAAAAGGGCUUGCUUAAUUGCAUCUCUAAAACAUACUGGCUGACAUUCAAAGCAAGGAAGUGUGGUAUAGUGAGAGGUGUAAACAGCACUUCCAGACUAACUGCACCUGGGAAGGAGUGAUUUUUGAGAACCUCCCCUUCCCAACAAAGUCUUCUGUGCCACUCAAAAAUAUGUCCCUAAGAGCUGCAUAACCCUUAGGAACAUAUUUGUUGGUUUCCUGGACUAUCAUCAUCUCCUGGUGUAAUUAGUUUGGAAGUGCUGCUAGUCUGCUUUUGCUGUUGCUUCCUUACUCUGAAUGCCAGCCAUCAAAUCUAAGGGAGCAUUAUGUAACUGGCCAAGUACCUUUAAAAAAAAGUCUUCAAGUUUGUUGCAGGAAAAAAAAAACCCCUUGAAAUGACCUGUGUUUGUUCAUAACCGACUGGGGUAGGGUGGGAUUGGGGGUUAAACCUGUCCACGUGCAAUGUAACUUAACACUGGUAAGAGGGUAGAAGUCCAUCUUUGUGGUGCAAUAUUUUCAAAGACCAACUUUCAUAAAUGUUAUGACAUUUUAAGUGUUUCAGUACAAGCUUUGAGAUAUUUACUUUGUCAAUUGAUUUUACUGUUGUAUAGCUUAAUGAAUGACCACCACCUCUUACAAACAAGAUGUGCCUACUUCUAUAGCAGAUGUGUUUUUUUUGGCAAUACAGAAUGAAAAACUGCUUGUGAUAGCUGUAUGACUUGUUACUUUAACAAACAUUAAAUUGUAUGCAAGUAAAUCUGCA